AUGAGUCGGCCGGGUUACAAUAAUGAAGGUUAUGGCUACGGUCAGUAUGAUCCGUACUCAGCGCGUCAAGAUACAUAUAACCAAGGGGGGUAUGAAAAUCGAUCAAAUUACGAGAUGAACCCUAUGCCCGCCAACCCCGGGUAUAGUCAAUAUAACGCCCCGGAUCCUAAUGCGAUUUUGAACCAAUGCCGCGACAUAGAUGGCGGUGUCAACACUGUCGAAAGCUACAUCGCACAAAUUGAUACGCUACACAAACGGCUACUUAGUGAUGUGGAUCCAGUUCGCGAAAAUGCCAUUCGAGCAGAGGCGGAUGAGUUGGCUACUCAGACCAAAGGCCUUUACCGCAACCUCAUUGAGCGGAUGAAGACCAUCAAACGGCUGCCUGAUGCUGGAAGUCCCCGCAACGCCCCUCAGAUCGGAAAAGUGGAGCGACGACUGAAAGCUGCCGUUGAACAAUACCAACAAGCCCAGGUCUCGUUCAGAAAAGAAUCCGAAGCCCAAAUGGCAAGACAGUACAGGAUAGUGAGACCUGAUGCCACGGAAGCCGAGGUUCAAGAAGCUGUCCGAGACACCUCAAACCAGCAAAUCUUUAGCCAGGCUUUGAUUCAAAGUGACAGACGCGGUGAUGCACAAAAGGUGUCUCAAAUGGUGCGGGCUAGGCACGAGGAGAUCCAAAAGAUUGAAAGAGAUUUUGUCGAAUUGGCACAAAUGUUCCAGGACCUCGAUGCCUUAGUUGUCCAGCAAGAGGCGGCUGUUACGCAAAUUGAUGAAGCAGGCGAAGAGGUUCUCACCAACGUAAACAAAGCCAAUGAGGAGAUUGGCGGAGCUAUCGAGAAGGCUAGAGCUCGUAAUCGGAAGAAGUGGUGGUGCCUUCUCAUUUGCAUCCUCAUUAUCAUUAUCAUCGUGGUUGUUGUCGUUGUCGCCGUUCUCGUUACCAGAAAUACCGCCCCGGCUCCUAAAUAA